CACUUCCCCGCCAAUUCAUUUAGGCCAGUCAUAUAGCUCUAGGAAGGGAAGGUGAUCAGGUCUUUGGACGUGAAUUUAUCAAUCGGGCCAUCACUUCGCACCUGCAAACAAACUCGUCCACGGUGGUCGUCGGCAACAACAUUACUAUCAUGAACAUGGUACGCGCGGUUAAUGAAAUUCACAUUUCUUCCCAAACUUCCUGCGCUGGUACGUGAAAAGUCUGUCCAUGACUAAUGCGAGCCCUUUGUGCUACAUCGAUUUAGAUGAUCAAUACGCUGGCAUUGUUCCUAUCAGCAGAAGACAGAGCCAAAUCAUGCCAUGCACGGAAGCAGCACCGCUACCUUCCAGAUUUGUUUCUACAGGGGAUCUACACCCCGAGCAUAGGAAAGCAGUCGCAUACAGGAACGGGUGUUGAUGGAGAGAAUGGACAAUCGUCUCGGAAAUCAGACAAGAACAACCGCCUAUAUCAUAUUCUCACGUCGCCUUUUCCAACGACGAUUGUCGAUACUGUGCGGUGCAAAGUGGAGCAGACAGAGAGGCUCCCAAAGUACUCGAUCCUGAGGUCCGACUACCGGAAAGAACAAGUGAGAUGUGUGGUUGAUGGGACAAUCAGCAGAGUGACAGCCUGGAACGCGUCAAACCAGGCAGGAUACCUAUACCAGGGGUCAAUACCCCCACAAAGCUUUCAAAAAAAUCCUGGGUCGGACGCAGGCGGAUUCUGGGGCGCAAAGCGAGAAAACAGCUGGACAAGUGUGGAAUGGAAGGGCCAGAAAGUUGUUCGGCCAGUCCAAAUCGCUGCCCCAAUGAUUGAAAAUCUUGUACGGUGCGUCGUAGCGCUGCCUAUCGAGAUGCGGGAGGGCUAUGUCCGUCAAUGGAGACGAGGUCUAGUCAAACGGGCCUUGAUGCUAGUCAAGUUUGUCAAGAAUGAAGGUGUCGACCUCAUGGAACAGUCUGAGCAGCAGAAGAAAUUAAGAAACAGAUUGACAGACCAGGAUUCACCCAGAGGCGAGGAUGGAUCGAGACCGACACCCCAAUCAGCGCAGGCAAUCUUUCAGCAACUGGGAAUAGAUCCAAAUGAUCUGAGCAUUGUUCUCGGCAUUGCAGAACGGAUACUCCCGUCCAUCACGGAAUUUAUCAGGGUCCAUCUCGGCAUCGAGUGAGCUAUGACAAUCCACAUCAUUCAACCUUCGUUUCGAUACAUAUAAUCUACCUUAAUAAUCGGCACCAAUCUCAUUAAUUCAGGCGUACCUGAUGCGCUCCACUCGCAUUUGCUGUAAUAGACACUUAUCCAUCAUAGACCUGCAUUUGAGUCAUGUAUGCAGGGUCAUCCUCCUAAAUCAGAUGAGCAGCUCAGCGUGGUUAUUCGUGUUCUUUUUCCUUUUUUUCUUUCUUUCUUUUUUUUUAUUU